GGAGGCUGCUUUUGUUUUGGGAGUGAAAAAGUGGAGAUUUUAUUUUCCAAAGAAUCACAUGAAUUUCGCUACAAAACCAGAUCCUUUGUCACGUAUGCCUGUCCGUGCUCGUGCUAAGAACACGCGCACGAACUAAGUUCUUUCGAAUGAUUUCAUCUCAUAGCAUCGCUUUCUAAUCUAUUCUGUCAAUAAAAAAAUUGAUGAUGAACCGCCAGAUCGCGCAAGCGACAAGAUACCGCGACUGUGCCUAGGCCCAACCCGGAAAGCGAAGUGAUAUUUGUGGCAAACCGCUCCUCGACCCGCGAUCUGCAACAUUCACUGAACGCUUAGCUUAAGCGAAAAGCAAACCGGAAACUGAACUAACCCGUCGUCAUUCGGAUUGCAUUAUUGUGAAAUGUAUUGUGAUUGUGGUUUGGUGUAACAGUUCGGUAGUGCCCUAGGAAAACCGUAGUGAAGCGUGCUCUCGUGAUUCCCUUAAACCGUGAUUCCAGUUCGUCCCAAGUGAUCCUCUGGUGGAACUACCCGUGAACAUGGCGAACGAGGGAGCCGAAGCUAUGAUUCAGGGUGAUAAUGUAGCCCGAACGAAGAUCGAGAUCGAAGUCGAAAGCCAUGUGCUCGGGUCAAAGGUUAAGCUUUCGGAUGGCACCGAGGGGAAUGUGUUCACCCGGACGCCACGCAACAAGGAUCUCCAAUUCGUCUAUAGUUGCCACAUCUGUGGCGUCCCUACCCUGUGUGGUGAACGGAUGCUUCAGAUUCACAUUGCCGGCCGCAGACAUCAAGCCCGGUUGAGUGUGCCGAAGAUAGACGCCGAACAAUAUCGUGCGUCUUUGGUGAUGAAACCUAAACAAAAUCCAGCAUCAUCGGCAGGGGAUGGUAUGGCCGGCUCAGGUACGAGUGACCCGCAGGGCCUGGAAUCGAAAUCGGUAGCGCAGCUACAGAGUGUUUUGGAUGGUUAUCGUGCGGGCCCUCUCGUCGGUUUGGAGUACAUCGUCGAGCUAAAGCACCAGGGACCGGGUGAAGGAGUUUCGUACAACUGUCUGCUGUGCGAUACACGCGGCAAUAACGAGAGUGGCAUCACUACGCAUCUGAUCAUGCCGGAUCAUCGGCUCAAGUUUUUGGAGAAACACUACGCGACAGUCAUGAAGGUGAUCGCUCCGUACCGUUCCGCACCGGGCGCCGAUGCUAAGGAUAGUGUGUUCUGUCGCGUCGUACAGACGAUUUGCGAAGCGAUCGAAGACCAUCACGGACGCAUGGCCCCGUCGGUGUACGAUGCGGAUGAUUUCGGGCGCAACCGCGCAAAGUACAUACAGAGUGUCAAGUUUGGGAAGCAUUGCGAUGAGCAGACUGGUCCAAAGUUCGUCGAACUGAUCGACAAGAAGGUGCUGCAGGAUUUGAAGGCUACUACUGCAGACGGUGCUAGUGGCGGUGGUGGUGGCGGUGGUGGUGGCGGUGGUGGUACCGCCGGUCAGCGCAAGUACCGUAAUCGCAACGAGCGGCGCGGUAGUCUCGAUUCCAUCUCUAGCUUAAGCAGUGCUAACUCGGUGAUGAGCAUUUCAUCAAGCGGCGAUAAUGAUGACGAGAGCCGGCUACGUAAGAAAAGCCCAUUAAACCGGGCGGCUACGCAGCGAUCACAGGCAAAGCCUCCGGCAUCGAUUCCGACUCCCAAGGAACUAGCACAACAGGCGGCACAUAUCGCUCACGAGCGAUACAAGUGGGAAAAGUUUCGCUGCACGGUCGAUCUGAUGAAGGCACCGUUGUUGCAGCAGCUGAAGGAGUAUGAGAAGAAUCCCGAAAAGCAUCCGCUGUACUCGGAAGAGUGGAAAAAGUUCUGGAACCGGCGGUACAAAGAGCUGCAGGCCGAGAAGAAGGAUCCGUCGAAGCACAACUUCAAGCCCGAAUGGAUCGAGUACUGGACGAAGCGUAUGAAGGAGCUGCAUGAUGAGGAGGUGGAACGGAAAAAGCUGGAAAUACGCACGAAGAUGAACUUACCAGCGGAGGAAGAGGAACGAACCGAUGAGCUGCGUGAACAGUACACGUUGCGCGUUCCCCCCAGCCGUCCCAAAGAACGUAAGGUUACGUUGGGAGGGAGUUUGGAUUCGGAUUCGGAUGCGGACGAUUACAAAGGUGGACAACCGUUGCCAAGUAGCCGAGGCAGAAAACGAGCAAGCUCACCAAUGAAACUCGAACGAUCGGCACACCCUUGGAGCGAGUCCGGUAAGCGUGCGGCCAUUUCCCAUUCGCAUCGGUCGCGCAGUCCGUACAGCGAGGACAUAGCUGCACAUAGGCUAUCGCGUAUGGCUCCGACGGCUGUCAAGCGUCCACUACCCGCCCAAACACCACCGGAGCGCGUCGACUAUGAUGAGUGGGCUAAGAACUAUUACGGACCGAACAAGAAAGUGUUUGUUCGGACAGAUUUUGAUGAUACUUCGACACCCCCAACCUUUAUCGCCGUCUGUCGGCUACUGACCGCGUUCGAGGAGUAUCUCGGUAGCCUGGGACCGAAGGUAAUCGAUCUGCUAGCCAAGGGGCUGGCACUGGAGAAAGUGAAGGCGAACUCAGCCGACGAUCUGCUGUUGAACGACGACAACAGUAUGUUCCUGGAGACGGUCAAGGAGAAACUGAAGGGUCACCUGAUGGCGGGUACGAUCGAUCCUCCCAAGAUUGCAUCGAUCAAACGGGUUGUCCAGAACAUUGCAAGUCUGCUGCACGAAGUGUCGAAACGAGAACCGGCACCGAAACCGGCCGAAGAGGAAGUGUCGCGUGAUUCCUUGGCCGUAAGCGAGAUCAGCGGUGUGGCGACCCCUGCUGCCCCAACCGGUAGUGCGAGCGGCCCCGAUAAGGUUACCAUUGCGGCCCAGCUGGCUAAGGCUCUGGUUGCGCAGGGUAAGAGCGAUUUCUCCACCGAAGAGCUUGAGCAACUGAUCAACGUUUACCAGGUGAUGGUGGAAAUGUCACGCGAGAGAAAGACGAUUAUCACCACUAAAGUUUAUCUCGCGGCCUGUUCCAGUAGCGCUGGAGCACCAAGUGCCAGGCCUGGAGCUGCAGCGAGCAAAGAAGUAGCAGCUAGCACUGGUGGCAGUGGAGCAGGCUCGACAUCGUCAAGUAUGAUGUUUGAUCGCAAUCGUUCCGAUCCACCGAUGACGACAUACGCCAACCGCCGGUUGCAGGAAAUGGAGCGUAAAAUGACGCCAGAACCGAACAGCAAGUUCCGAUCGGCGGCAAUGCUAGAAAACCUAUCGGAUUCCGAUUUGCAGACGUUACUGCAAACGUUCAAGGAUCUUGCAACAGAUGAGCAGAUGCAUCUCAUCGCGUACCUUCGAAAGUUGGAACGAACGGAACCGGAACGUGUGGAGAAGUUGCGACGUUAUGUCGAUUUCGAAACGUUCAACGGUCCCCGGGGCCGUGGAGGAGGUGGUGGUGCUGCUGCUAGACGAGGCCCCGAGUUUGAUCCCGAUCUCUCCGAUGACGACGAUGACGAUGAUCCGGACAGUUUCCAUGAUCGCGAGGAUGAUGCAGUAGGGUAUGAUCCGUUCCGGACGAAUAACGACCGGGGCAAAUCACCAGCGGCGAAUCGUCGAAAUGCCGCUCGCCAGGAUCGUUCCCCGCAGGGUAGCAUCCAGCAUGGACAUUCCUCCGGCAAGCAGGUACAGCAACGGAACAGCGAUUCGGCGACUGGGGUGGAUCAGAACAAGAAGAAGAUUCUUGUCGAUUCAGACGAUGAGGACGAUUACAGUUAUGAUGAUAUUUUGCGGGCGGCCUCGAAGAACGUAACAUCACAACCGCCAGCAAAGGACGUGGACGGGACGGAAUCCAACUCGAACCAUUCACAGCGUCCGAAUGCUGGCGGUGCUGGUGGGGCUGGGGCUGGGGUUGGGGUGGGGGCUAUUAGCAAUAGCUCGAACACCAUUCCGAUUCCUUCGCUUGCCGAUACGAGCAAUCUGGUGGCCAAUUUGAUGGAAUCGUUGCAAAAGUCCUUUUCCGAUGCCAAGAACAAUGCCGGAAACCAGGAUUACUCGAAUCCGAUCAUGACGAUCGGGUCGCUAGGUGGUGGCAAGGGAUUGGACGGCGGACAUACCGAUGGAGUAGUAGGAGGAGGUGGUGCCCUUGGCACGAUUCCAGCAAUUAAUUCCUUCGGCUCGAAUAUUAACGGAGCUGGUGCCGGUCCUGGAGGACCAUUCUUUCAGCGACAACAGCAACAACUACAUCCGCAGGGCCAAGUUCGGCCAAUGAUGCAGCAGCAACCGAUGAGCGGUGCUUUCGGUCAGCAGCCACAGAUGCAGCAACCGUUCGGUGGGCCGCAGCAGCAGCAGCAGCAGUUCAUGUAUCAGGGCCAACCGUUCGGUGGUAACAUGAAUGGCCAGCAGCAACAGCAGCAGGCUGCGCAGUACGGUUACGGAAAUUACGGUGGAUAUUACUGA